AUGUAUUGGCAGAGAAGCCCAAGCGCACCAAAGUCAACUGUUAAAAAGAAUAAUUAAUAGAAUUCUUUAAGCAGUAAGGAGGGGCAGAUGCAAUUAACUUAAGAAAUUAGGAAUUAGCAAUAGAGGAAUAAAGAGGAUUAAGAUGGUAAUAAUGAUGAGGAUGAAAUCACAUUUAAAUCAGAUAGAUUGAAGUCGAAAAUAGAUAAUUUAAAAAAUAAGUUAGAUAAAAAAGAAGGUACAAUCGAGUAAUAUCAGAACUAAAUUAAUGAGCUUAAUGAUAUUAUAAAUGAAAUGAAGGAAAAAAACAAUUUUAAAACGCCGAUUAGAAAGAAAAAUAGAUCUGUUUACAAUGCUUAAGGAAAAGAUUAAACAACUAGCAGCAUAAAUCCUUCAAGCACAUUAAAUAAUACUCAAACAAAUAUUUUAGCAAGGAGGAGAGGAUCGUAAUCGAUUGAUUAAAGUUAAAAGAAAACUAUUGAUCCUAAAACAUCAAUUGAUGCGGCUAACAAAAAUGGUUAGCCUGUCAGUUUUCAAGAAGUAGUUAAAUACAAAAAGCGAAUUUUAUCUUUGGAAAUUCAAAAUGAAACUUUAGAGUAAAUUUCUGAAUUGCUUAAGCAUAAAAACGAAACUUUGGAAAAGGAGGUGAAACAUUUAAAACAAAUCAUAAUCGAUCCGGAAAAGAAGCCAGAUGUACUUAGAGAGAUCAAGCUGAGAGAAACUGAGGAUAAAAAAUAUAAUUUAGAGCAAUAAAUGAAGCUAAUGCAUAAGCAAUAUGAGAAUGCAGUUUAAUAGUUGCUCGAAGAGAAGGGAUUAGCUGAUAGGGAAGUAUAAAUUUUAAGAAAGUAGCUUAACUAAAAUCAUGAGCAAUAGCCAACAGAUCACUCUCAGCAGCUUAGUGAUUUAGUUAAAUUGGUUGAUGACAUGAAAUCAUUAAUUUAAAAGAAAAAUGAAUAAAUUGAAAGAUUGUAAUUUAAAAAUGAAAUUCUUGAAAAAAAUUAGAGAUAGUUGCCUGAUGGUAAUAUUAAUGAAGAUGAACCUGAUGAGUACGAUAUGAUUUUAAAUCCUGAAAGAGCUGGUGAAACAUAAAAAGAUUUCAUAAAACCAAUAUUGAAGAAUUCAAAUUAGAAAGUUUAGAAUGACAAAGAAGCAAUUGAGAAAGAAAUUCCUGCAGAUUUAACAAAAGAGGAUUUAAGGAAGAUGCUUGUAGAUUAGAAAUAUAAAAACAAUGAGUUUGAGCAAAUCAUAAUUAAAAAGAAUGAAGAACUUGAGCAAUAAGAAAAAUUAACUCAAUAGAAAAUGAAAAUUAUAAAUGAAGCAUACGAAACGAUAAGGACUUAUUACAAUGAGGUAUUACAAGAUCCGACAUAAAAAGAUGAACUUUUAAAAAACUUAUAGAAAGCAUAACAAAACGAAAAUAAAGACAUUACUUAAUUGUGUUAACUUUUAAGAGAUUUACUGCUGAGGAAAGAGAGUCAAGAGUUGAUUGCUAAAUAGGAAAUUUUAGACUAAGAUAAAAGGAUUUAGUAGCUGAAAGAUGAAAUUAAAUUUUAUGAGUAAAAAAACUAAUAAGAACUAGAUAAAUAAGGGAAGGAUUACAAACAAAACCUAGAAAAACUCUAUCAAUAGGAAGUGACUAUUGAAAAUUUAUAGAGACAAAUUCAAGAAAAAGAUAAUGAGAUCAAAUAGAAAACUAUAGCUUUGGAGCAAUAAAAUAAUGAUCUCAAAUACAAAAUCAAAGAAUAAAUGAGCCAAAUAGAUAAUUUAAGCAGCUUAAAUUUAGACAGUUAUCAACAAAUUAAAUAAGAAAACUACUAAAAUUCUGAAUAAAACAAACAACUUCUGGCUGUUAUUAAUGAAAAAGAAAAAGAAAUUGCUCACUUGAGAUUGAAAUGCUCUAGCCAAGAAGAAGAUCUGAAAAAACUCAGAAAAAGAAACAUCAAUUUAAAAAAUCAAAUAGAAGGAGGUAUGCAACAAAUACCAUUAAAAACACAGAGCUCAAGUGGAUAUGGCAAAGAUCCAGAUUUAUAUACAAAAAAGAAUAUUAGUAGAGAGCAGUCGCCUUAUAUGAGAACUCCAACAUAAUCUAAUGUAGCAGGGAAUUAGUCUUACAGAUUAGAUACAAUUAAUAGCACUGCUCCUAUUGCAGUUAAUUCAAAAUCUUAUGCUAACACUCCUUCUAAUAAAAAUGGAGUUGGAACAAAUAAAAAUCAAAUAUUGCUUUCGAAUCCUUCUAUAUAUUAAGUGAACUCUCCAAAUGUCAAUAUAAACAACGUCCCUCCACUUAAUGCAAACACCAAUCCUUUCUUGAAAAUAAAAUACAUCAGAACGCUAAAAGAAUGGUUCUAGUAUUGGGUCAGUUAUUCAGAUAAUACAACCUUUAAAUUCCAGCUUUUGGAAAGAAUGAGCCACACUGAGAAAUUAAAAGAUGAGUUUUCCAAAUCUCCUGAAAUGAAAAUGAGGGUUUUCAAAGAUGCUCUUGAAAGUCAAAAUUCAGAUAUGUAUGAGCAGGCAAUUUAAAUAAUGGCAGAUAUUAUUGAUUUAAAUAAAUUAACAGAUAAAGAAAUGGAGUAUAUCAACAAUGGUCAUAUAGCUGUAAGAUGCCUCAGAGGUCCUAGACCUGAAGAAGAUUUAAAUGAUUAUCAUAAUGUGCAUAUGGCAGGACUGAAAGUACUUUCUUUUAUGAAUACUUGCAAUUUACCUUGGACUACUCAAAUGACAGAAGAGUUUUAAAAUGUUUAAGCUAUGAAACUUCUUAUUAGUUAUUUAAGAUAAUAUGAAAAAGAAUGGCCAAAGUUGCUGUCUUUCAAUGUUUUAAAUUUUAUGGCAAAGAAUAAAAUUUUAGUUAACCAAAUGAUCCAAAAUGAUUUAUAAUAAAUAUUAAUAAUUAAUUUGGAUGAGAGCAAUCAGGAGCUCCUUGCUUCGAAUUUAAAUUUGUUUGGUUUAUUGCUACAGAUUGAGCCAUUUAAAUAAACAGUGAAAGAAGAUCAAAAAUUAAUGAAGCUUUUAAAUUUGCUUUUCGAGUAAAACAAUAGCGUUCUAUAAGGUACUUUGCUAUGCAUAAGCUAUUUAAUCCCUUAGUAUACCUUUAAUCGCCUCAUUUUUAAGGAAAAUAUAAUUGAAAGAAUAGCUUAAAUUGGUACUAAGUCUCCAUACCCUGCAACAAAAAGCAACGCUUUAACUUUAAUGAAAAGAAUCGUAGAAAAUGGCGAUGAAAGAGACAUUAAUUUGCUGAAUAUUUAUGGUGGUUCUGAUUUGGUUUAUAACUUAGAAUUAGAGGAAGAAGAGAGCUUGAAAGAUAAUAGAUUUGUUAGGGAAAGAAUUAUAAAAACAUUAAAAAUAUAUGAAUAUAUAAUUGAACAUAGUGUUGUUAGGGAUGAAAUGAACUUUAUCAAAAAACUAAUGAAGCUAUUUUCUAAUAGAUAAAUCAAGCAAGAACCUAAAGUUGAGAGAAUAGUUUUAGAAAUAAUUCACUAACUAUGGGAUAAAAUGGAAGGAAAUAUGGUUGAUUAUUUGAUCGAGCCAACUGUUUUAACACAGAUUAUAGAUGGGUAUAUAGAAGGUGAAAGCAUUCAAGAUAUUGCUAAUUAUGGGUUGAUGUUAGUAGGCGUUUGUGAGAGAGAAAAUAUGAACACAUUUAUUUUAGAUAAGAAGGGAGACUAGUUGAUGGAAAAAUUAUUCGCAAAUAUAAAGCACACAGAUUAUAAAAUAGCUUACACUGCCUUGAAAAUUAUAUCAUUUUUAGCUUAGGAAAUCAAAUCACUUUUAUUCAUCAAUGAAAAUCAUUUAGAAUAGUUAGUCACCAUUUUGAAAAGAGAGAAUCUUGAUGAAGAAUAUAUUGCCUUCGGACUAGAUAGUAUUUUUUAUCUUCUUAAAUAGUAUCAAUCGAUGAAGAUGCUAUUAAACUUUGGAAUAGUAGAGCUUUUACUCAACAUCAUAGAAGAAUCUAUUUAUUAAUACCCUGUUAUAUGCAAAGCUUUUUCAUGUAUAGAAAUGAUUCAAACUUUGUAUCAGGAACAAAAUAUUCUUAAAAAGUAUUUGAUCCAAUAAUCUCCUCAUGGCUCAGAAUUGCUAAUUAAUAUAUCUUAGACAUGCUUAAAUAAAGCUUCAAAAGAAAUUGGAUUAAACUCUGCUUUCUUCUGGAAAUUUUUAGCUUCUGAGUCUUCUGAUCACUCUUUUAUUUCUUUUAUUUAUGACAGAGCUGAUGAUUUUAUAGAAUCAAUAGUAAGAGUAAGAAAAGUAUUUGCUUAAAUAACUCCAGAAAUAUCGGCUGAUUGUUUGACAAUACUUCGUAAUUUAAGUACUCGCAGUUCGCACAUGAAAGAAAUAGCAUAGAAAUUCGAUAGAUCAGAUUGA